GAGGGAGGACUCAGGAGGGGAGGCGAGGGAGGAGGAAAAUAAGGAGGCGAUUGUUGGGGAGUUGGAGACGUUUAUAAAGGCUGGAAUGAGAGAAAAACAGACUCACCACACACACACACACAUAGAAGAUAGUCUGGACUUCUAAUCACACAGACACCAUGUUGAGAGAGUGUCCUGCUCCUCCACUCCUUCUGUGCAUCACUUUACUCAUUUCCUCCAUGUUAAUUUCAUCUUCAUCAUCGCAGCACAAUGCCAGCCGACGACUCGGCGCUCCCACUCCUCGUUUGUCUGGUCCUGGUGAAGACUACGAUAACGUGUAUGACAUUCUUACCACAGAAUCGGCGCACAAACCCACUCGGCAUAUAUCCUGUGAGUACGACCACUGCAAGGAUCAGCAGGAGUCGUGCCAGAAGCUCGCACUCGCUCUGUCCUGCGCCUGCCCCGGUAUCAGCGGCCCAUUUGAGCUUCCGGACCCUCCUUCUCUCCAGGGUCUGUUUUUAGAAAGCAAGGGAACCGUGAUCGUGCGGUGGUGUGCACCAUCCUCCACGGUCACGCACUACCUCGUUGUGGUGAAGGGUCAGAAUGAGGUGCGCAAAGCGAAAGUGGAUAGGAGGAUGAUGGAGCUGGGAAAUCUAGAUCCUGGCACUGAGGUGUGCGUUGAAGCGGUGAACAAGGUGGGCACCAGUGCCCAGAGGAUAGAGUCGUGCAUCCAGUUUGAGCCCAGCACCUCCAAGAUGAAGCUUACUAUCAAGUUGGUGCUCAUCGGAGCAGCGGUGUUGUUGGUGGUAGGGAUUUUGGUUAUGGUGCUCUUGAUCUGGUGGUGCAGGAGACACCGGAAAAGUCCAACACAGACAGCAAACACAGGAGCUGAUGUGGUUCUCUGAGGAACCGGAAACACAAAGCAGGAGUCUAAUAACUGCUGCUUGGUGGACUUUUACUGGAUUUUUUUAAAUGUCUGUGUACAAAAGCACUUUAAUAACUUUGUUGUUUGAGUAUUAAUUAUGUGUGAUUUUGUGGCUUUUUGUUAUAUAUUUUUCGUGAGUUGUCUUUUAUCCCUUGGUCAGAUUUCCCCCCCCAAUGUAUGUAGUGAAAACCAGCUCCUAAAUCCUCUACAUCAUGCUUGCCCCUGCUGAAGACUCUACAGCUGGAAAAAUUUUAAAUCUUUCCCUUUCUGAUUAGUGUUUUGUAUUUUGUGUGUCACAGAACCAACAACACUGAGGUUCUGCUGUCAGAAAUAAGACACUUAGCUUCUUUUCUCACUAUGACAAUAUGACUCUCUGAUUAGCUGGAGUGUGAGCCAUCAGAGCCACAGGGUUGAGAAGAAAGAAUUCAGCAACAGCUUGCAGUAAAUUCUAUUUUCAUGUUUGUGUUUUAAAUAAACCGAUAUUUUCUUAUAAGCAUGUCAAAUGGUGGUGGGUGGGGGUGAUGAAUAACAGUGACCAUGUUACAUUUGGUUGCCUUUAGGGGGCAGAGCUGAGCUUGGUUCGCUACAGAUGAAACAAAUAUUGCUUGAUAAAUUUCAUAUUCAAAUUCAUGUUGAAUCCUCGAUUCUGAUUGGUCAGAAGGUGUCUGUAAGGAGAUUUAACACAGAAGCAGUCUCCUGUGUCAGAGUUAAAGCAGAUACGAGGGAACACGGCAUGCUGUGUUUAGUUUAUUUUUUUGUUUAAAAAAUUUACUUCUAGAGAGAGAAUAAAAGAGAGGCUGGUGAAUGAAGCACUGUUUAUAGCUGCUGUAAAGUAACUUUUUUGUGGAAGUGUCACUAUAAACAAAACACAUGAUUUAUCACAGUCCAGAAAGAAUAAAAUGCUUUAAUGUGUGCUGUUAUAGGAAAAUGAUCCAGUUCCUGCUCAGAUACCAGCAUGCCCCUAAAUGUUUUAUUCUUUUGGACUGGUAUAGUUUUGGCUAAAAUGAGCCAGAAUUUCAACCACACGUUGCUUUGUUGACCAACUUUAGUGGUCAUCGCUAUGAGCUAGUCAAGACAAGCUAGCUGUAUGCUGUCUUACAGACUGUUGAACGCAAUGUUCAAAGACAAUGAAGAAGUUUGGAAAUUCCACUUAAACAAAUAAAUAAAUAACACUACUGAAGGUU